AUGGAAAGUAUUUAUUUGCAUUUCCUGGGAUUCCUGUUGUUCUUGGCCGUUUCUGGCUCCUCUCUCGAUCGUGAAUUGAUCAACAAGCGACUCAACGAGAAUAAGAAUCGCUUGCGGCAACUAACGGUGCCAAGUCCUAAACAAAGAUGGCAACCUGUGCUAACGUCCUUGUUGCAACGUGACUACAAUGACAAUAAGCCUAUUAUUAGAAAGGAUCUAUUUCCUGACCAUGGUCCCUUAAACCAUCCUAAAGCUUACACUCCCUUUGAGAAGCGUGUCAUAGUCAUACUAAUUAAACUGGAAUUGUUGGAUAACGAAGCUGAACAGGUGCUGGCAAUCCUGAAACAAGACAAAGAAAUGGUAAACAGAUUGAAGAAGUGGCUCGACGAAGUCGACACAGAAAACGAGUCUAAGGAUUUUCUUAAAUCUUUCUUUAAUCUGAUAUUUAAAAAAAAAGUCAAAAAUUUAGUGCUGUAA